AAUAAAAGAUGAAAAUAUAUUGGGUUGUAAAUGUUCGCUUUAGCUUUUAUUGAAUGUUGCCUCUUUUAUCCAGAUAAAGUGAUCCUGAUUAAGAAGAACCUGACCUGGUGGGAAGCUCUGACAUACUGCAGGAACCAUCAUCAUGACCUGGUGUCAGUGUGCACCGAGGAGAUGCAGCUCUGGGUGAAGGAAGUGACUCAAAACGCCUCCACUGAACACGUGUGGCUCGGCCUGCGUCACGACUGCGCCCAGCGUGUCUGGUUCUGGGUUGUUGGAUCAAUAAUCUGCUAUGAGGGCUGGGCACCAGGGAAUGGGACCUGGAAUGAAGACUGUAGUCAUGAGAAGAGAAGCGGAGCAGUGCAGUCUGGAGGAGAGCAGAAGUGGAUCGAGCUGCCUGAGAGCCAGAAGCUCAACUUCAUCUGCUCUACCUAUGAUGAUUUGUUUUAUUAAACAUGAAGACUGAAGACAAGUUGUGGUCCAUCAUCUGUGUCCAGCAUCAGCUGAUCUACAGUAAUGUCUCAUUUAUUCUCUUCUACACAUUAUUAUUAUUAUUAUUAUUAUUAUUAUUAUUAUUAUUAUUAUUAUUAUUAUUAUUAUUAUUAUUACUGAUGGUUUUUAUUAAUAAUGGGGUUUCUGCGCAAUGUAGGUGAAAUCUAUUAACCCGAUGUUUAAACUACAGUGUGUUGGUUUGCACAUAUAAUUGUUUUUUGUCUGCUUUCUAAGAAUAAAGAACUAUAUCAUAUUCAGCUCAUUUACACCUAUGCAGGAAGUUUAGAACACCAAGCCAUGUAAA